AUGAGAGGUGGUUAUGUUAGGGGAGGACACUCCUGUUCCCAUGAAUCUCCAGAAUCGUCGAGACAUAAUAGAGAACAACGCUCAGCUAAGAAGAUAAGGAAAAGUGGAGAAGGUCUUGACUUUUCUGGAGACAUGUCACUAGUUUCAAGAGAAGAAGAUUGGAUGGUGGAAGAAAAGGAAGUUAAUGAAGCUGUAAUGAAGAGCUUAAAAAAGUCCUGGUGGAAAACACUCAUUGUUAAGCUUAUAGGAAGGAGGAUAUCUUUACUGGUGCUUACCAGGAGACUUGAAGCAAUGUGGGAGAAACAGGGAAGUAUUGAAGUCAUUUAUAUAGGGAAUGAGUUUUUCAUCGUCAAAUUCUUCUCUCAAGAGGAUCUUGACUACGCUCUCACUGGGGGGCCAUGGAAGAUAUUUGACCACUACCUCACUCUGAGAUUUUGGAAACCAGACUUCAACCCAACAGAGGCUACCAUUGACACGAUGACGGCGUGGAUAAGGUUGCCCAGACUUGCUAUCGAAUAUUAUGAAGAUGAAAUGUUGAAGAAGAUUGGCAAUGUAAUAGGAAGAACACUGAAAGUAGACACUAACACAGCAGACAAGUGUCGAGGAAGGGAGAAAAAUUAG